AUGGUCCAGUGUUUGACAUACCCUCGUAGACUUUCCUACAAUACAGCCUCGAACAAAACUAAGCUGUCUCAAACCACUGGCAAUAGUAUUGUUUACUUUCAUACCAAGGUUGGGAAAGCAUCUAAAUCCACAUGUGGUGUGUGCCCGGGCAGACCUCAAGGAGUUCGUGCUGUGAGACCGAAAGUCCUUAUGAAAAUGUCUAAGACAAAGAAGCACGUCAGCAGGGCCUACAGUAGGUCUACGUGUGCCAAAUGUGUCCAUGACAAGAUCAAGUGGGCUUCCCUUUUCCAGGAGAAAACUGCUGUGAAAAUGUUGAAUGUGCAAGUACAGUCAGAAAGCUAA